CAAAGAUAUUGCCGGUUUAGUGAGGGCACCAGCUCGAGGCUACUAAACUGACAUUUUCCCUUAGAAUGUGAACAGCAACUGGUGUAUAUUAAUAAGGCCACAAUAAUAACAGCAACAUCUCCAACGUAGCCGUUGCAAAUGGUAGCAAGAGAUGCCGUGAAGAAGAAGGUGGGCUCGGUGGAGCACCAGUACCUCAUCAGCCCGCUGCACUCCCAAUAUGAAGAGGAACUGGACCGCAUCCGGACGGAGGGAGAUUUGACGCUAAUCAAGGUGCAGACGGAGAGGAACAAGCUUCUGGAGUUGGAAGUCAAGCUGGGCGAGGUGAAUAAGCAACUCAGAGACAGAAAGAAGACACCAAAGCAAGGAGAAAAUGUUAUCGAAGCUAAAGAACCAGUUAGCAACAAGGGCCUUUUUGCAGCGUUGGUCAUGUCGACUACAGGGACCAAAGGAGCUGCUAAACCGCAGCAGCUUACGACGGAUCCGCAGGGCUCAGAGACCAAUACAGUUAAGCGAGUGCAUACCAAUACAGCAAAGGGAAGGCAACUGCAUACGGAAGAGCGUCUUAAAGUUGCUAUGGCGGAGCGUGCGAUGGAGCUUCAAAAGCUGCGGCAUGCGAUCGAUGAGACUCGAAGGAAGAGACUGGAUGCACUAGCGACGGAGAAACAAAUGCUGAAAGAUAUUCAAGAAGACGAAGAAGAGUUGAAACGAGCCCAAGAGGAGAUUGCCCAGCUGAAGCGACAAGCAGUUGAUGUAAAGAACGAAAUUGCUGCUACAGAACUGGAAUUUGACACUGAGAAGCAGACAUUUCGAUUAGAACGCCAACGUUUACUGGCAGAGGUAGAGGGGAUCGUGAAAGCGGACAAACAAGGAACUCAAAGUCAACCGGCCCCUGUGUCUCAUAAAUACAGCAUGUUCCACAACAAUAUCGCUCAACGUCGAAAACAAAACUUGAAAGCAUCUAAGUGGAAAAGCGUAAGCAUGGAGCAGAACAUCGUGUCCUUCGAACAAAAGAAGAUGCUACUCGACCGCAUCGUAGAGGAGACGAAUGUCAAGAACCUAAGCGAGUUUAUUCACAAGUAUAACGAGCAAGAGCGCACCAAGGCCGAAAUUUUCGCUCGAAUUGAGGAACAGACUGCAACGAAUGCCGCUCUUAAUGAGUCUAUUGCUCAGCUCACGGAAGACAUUGCACGCCUCACUGGGGCGGCAGAGGUCGAUUCAAUCGACGACACAGCGAAACCGUCAGCUGAACUGCAAAAGGUUCUCGAUGCAAAUGACGUUCACAUCAAACGAUGGAUAAAGGACGCAGAUAUCUAUGGUGAAGCAGUGAAAUGUCUUCGCGAUCCCGUUCACGAUGUCCACAAAGAAUUCUUCCCAAACGACCGUACCGAUGAAGCAUUCGACGGCACGGUAGGGCUUUUAUUGUUUGGGUAAUUCUGCCCAACCCCUUACUCUUCAUGAAUACCUUAGGCAACAAGAGAGUCAUGUACAAUGCGCCGGAUCGGCGCUAUCGAGGAGCGUAUCAUGCAGUUCAUCAUGGCCAAAAUCCUCGAAGAGACUGAAGCCUCCUCCACUCCGAAUAACAGCGACACGUUACGCCGUCUUCACCAAUACCAAGGAAGAAGAGAGCAACGCGACACUGCAACAGCAGUCAAAGUAUGUAGCGUUGAGCCUCCGUCCACGCUCAAGCGUGGAAAUAAUACCCAACGCGCCAAAGACGCCGAAGAUGAGGAGCAGGAUGUUGACAACCAAGCGAAAGACGUCGCGGUCAUCCACCCAGAAGUUUUCCGUCAGAAAUUCAUCGCUUCCUCCUCUAGCGACAACAAUACCGGAAAUACUGCAACAAAUGCCUCAGGACUCGCAUCCACUGGCUCGCCCACACGUAAGAACGCCACAACAGCGCUCAACCUCUAAAUGAAAAAAAAGGCAACUUGAAGUUAUCAA